AUGAUAAAAGUAGAAUCAGCACACUAUCAAAAUGAAUCAUCACAACACGUCCAAGCAGCCUGUGCUGCCUCUUGUGGUGGCACAUGGCAAAAAACCCUGUUGUCCAAGCCAAAUUCCACUUUUAGUCAACCCUCGCCAGUUGAUAGUAAUAGAGGGUCAUAUUCACCUAAUACUGAUAGCGACUAUAUUAAUACAAACAACUAUAUAUCCGAAACUGAUGUCAAUAUGGAAAGCGACAGUGCAGUUAUGAGUGUCCCUUUUAAACCCGUGGUAGAUUGUGGUGCAUUUAGCGUUACUUCCGAUGAUUGUCCAUCAGAUUGUCCAUCAAAGCGGCGACGGUUAAGAGAGAUGAACGGACAAUGUCAUAAAAAAACGGAUCUCCUAAUUCAUGAUUCGGAAGGAAAUACAAGGUCGUCAAUAUCAAACCAACCAAUCACAACACUUCCCACGUAUUCUGUUACUUCGCAACCUUUCUUUCAGUCGCCAGUUCAAUUUUCACCAUUGCAAAUAGAACAGGCGAGAGGAUAUCAGCCGCCAUCGCCUAUUUCCAGACAGAACACUUCCUCUAGCAGAGAGUUUGAUGCGUUUAGCUCUUCGUCAUCGUUGACCUGUUCAUCCGUCAACGAGGGAAUCGGAAGUGAGGGAACGCAGGUUGUUUCCGCGAAGCAUGAACCAGUUUAUAUAUUGCAUCGCAAACGGCCCCGUCAUGACAGUGGGUUGGGAUAUGUUGAGCCAUUAUUACUAGAAAGUGAACAAGAAUACGUAAGUGAUUGUUCGAGGACAUCAUCCAAAGACUCAAUUCAUAAGAAUGGACCUUUCAGACCCAUGGCUAUUCCAAGAUCAAGCUCGUUGGUCGUUGACAGUAAUGUCAACGAAUCUGCCCCUGUGUAUGCUGUGAAAAAUAGUGAAAGUUCAGAUUACUCUAUCCUUCGUAUGAUACCAUCGUUAAUUAGUGAAAAGAAUCGAAAGGCUGCUUUUGUCGAAAACCUUGUCGAUACGGCAGCUCUGAUCAUUGAUGUGGUUUGGAGCAAGUUUACGGUGAAUCCACGAGCGAGGCUAAUUCCCAUGCGGGUAUUUUUGCAACAAACACUUCGCCGAUCGCGUACUUCAUAUUCCACUUUACAGACCGCAUUGUUCUAUCUAUUCAGGAUUAAGCCACAGAUUGAGCAACGUGCGCUUAAACCUCGUGGGCCUCCCACUCCGUGUGACAAAGGAUCUGAGGAUGGUGGUCACAAUACGGAUCCGGCUACGUGUGGUCGCCGAAUGUUCCUAGCGGCUUUGAUCAUUGCAUCCAAGUAUUUGCAGGAUUCGAACUAUUCGAACCGAGCCUGGUCCAAAAUUUCCGGAUUACCACUUGCAGAGAUAAACGAAAAUGAGGUUAUAUUCUUGAGAUUGAUUGACUAUAAGCUUUUUAUUGCUGAAGACGUAUUCAAACGAUGGAGUAGUCUGCUUCUCACGCAUAUACAAGCCAUUUCUGGUUCGGAUAUGGAUAAUGCUAAUGCUUUCAGACUAAAGGAGAAUCAACAAAACGUCGAGUUAUUUCGUGACACUCUUCGAACAAUGGUCAUUUAA